AUGAACAAGGAUGAGGCGCUUGUCACGACGACCGUUCCAGAUUAUCACGAUGGACUACGGGAGAAGACGGAGAAACCCAAGGAUGACACUCUCCCCUCUGGUUCCUCAAGUAGUGGCGGGUUCCAACGCUACAUAAACCAACUCGCCAUCAACAACUUUGGCUUCACACUCCAAGUAGCAUGGGAAGCUGUUGGCUUGUCAUUCCAGCUUGCAUGGCUCAAUGGUGGCCCUGCCGCGCUUGUCUGGGGGUCUAUGAUCGCUGGCGUCGGCUCUACCCUCGUUGCUACAGCUUUGGGGGAGAUGGCCUCCAUGGACCCCACCGUAGGUGCACAGUACAGAUGGUCGGCGCGCUUCGCUGCAUUCGCUCCCGAAUUCUGGGGGUUUAUUCAGGGCUGGAUCACAGUCAUUGCCUGGAUUUGCAGCUGCGCCGGCGCCUUCUCCUUCAUGUCGAACACCUUAUCCGGCUUGAUUAUCUUCAACAGUCCAAGCUACGAACCAAAGGCCUGGCACUCGACGGUGUUUCUGAUCGCCUUCCUCAUUGUUCCGCUGGUUCUCAACCUCUACUUGCGAAAGAUCAUCAACUAUCUGGAAACGAUCGGUGGCAUUUUCCACGUUGUCUUCUUCGUUGCUAUCGUUGCGACACUAUGCACGCUUGCGAAGCGCAGUACACCCGAGUAUGUCUUCAUGACCUUGCACACAGACGCCGGUUGGGAAAACCCCGGUGUCGCAUUCUCUAUUGGCAUGCUCGCUGUAGCAUAUCCCAUCAGUAGUUUUGAUGGUGUCCUCCACAUGAUCGAGGAGACUAAAGAACCUCGCAAGCGGGUACCCAAAGCUAUGAUCUUGGCAACUUCUCUGAACGCAAUCAUGAUGAUCGCCUUCUGUAUCUGCUUGAUGUUCUGCAUUGGUGAUGAAGAAGCCGUCGCGAAAUCGAUCUUGCCGAUCACGGAGGUCUUCUACUCCGCCACAGGGUCUAAGGCAGCAUCAACAGCAAUGACGGUUUUGAUGGGGCUUCAACUCAUGGUUGGCAACUUUAACAUCGUUGCAUCUGUGGCUCGAUUAGUCUGGCGAUUCGCAUCCGACAAAGGUCUUCCUUUCCACCAUCACUUCACCUACGUUCCAAUUCCCGCGCUCUUCCUAGUUGGCUUCAUCUGCUGCCUUCUAUCGCUCAUCAACCUCGGUUCCGCAGCCGCCUUCAAUUCGCUUAUAUCCCUACCAACCAUCGCGCUAUACGUAUCAUACCUCGUCCCAAUCUCGCUAUUCACGGCUCGUCAGCUUGCCGGUAAACAUCCGAAGUACGGGCCCUUUCAAUUGGGCAGAUGGAGCAUUCCGAUCAAGCUCUGCGCUAUCGUCUACUUGGUAUACGUCAUCAUCUUUGUAUCGUUCCCAGCAUCAAGACCGGUGACAAGCUUGACAAUGAACUAUGCGCCACCGAUUCUUAUCGGAUUCAUGGUCAUUGCGAUGGUGGAUUGGUUUGUUAGGGGUCGCAAGAAGUUUGAGGUACCUACAGCUGCACUCGAACAUGGAGAGGAUGAGAGGCAGUAG